AUGGAAAGCUUAAAAUAUCAACUUCCAGAAGGAGAAGAAGAUAGUGUGGGUAGGAAUGACGUGUAUGCAAAAGUAAUGGGUGAAGAAAGGAGUGGAAAAGUUCGUACAUAUGGUUUAGGAGUUACACAAUCUGAUUUGUGGGGCGAUAUACCAAGUCGUUCAACAUGUUUUCGCUUGGUUAUGAAACAAAGCGCUGCGAUGUCAAAAAUGGAGCGAAGAAUUCAGCAACUAGAAUCAAUUCAACAAGGAAGAUCACAAGGACAAAUUUCGCCAUCUUCGCAGAGACAUACUUCACAGUCAUCAAAUGCUAUUUCUCGGCCAAUACAAGUUGGGGAUAAAGUUACAAUAAGAAGCAUGGUUGAUUCGUCCAAAAUUUGUGCUGUUGGAGUGGUUAGAAAUUUGGAUCCAACUGCUGAAGUUGGUGACAUACCUUUGGGAUCACAUUGGUGUGAAGUUCAUGUGAAUGUGCCUGUGGAGAAUGAUGAAGAGCUAAUGAGGCCAUACCAUAAUUUUCUCAAGAUUGGAGAUGCAAUUGGAGUAGCUAUUGCUCGGCCAAUAAACCUGGUGAUUCUUGAAGAAAACUAA